AUGUCGUCCAACUCAGAUCUUACAGCUCCCGGGAGCAGCACGUAUGCCUCGAAUACGCUACAUGUUGGGGAUGGGACAUGGGACAGUGGACGUGAUACGUUCCUUUUACCCAAUCUAAUGGGACUUAACUUUGACACAAUGCGAUACAAUGGAAUGGGGAAUCGAUUUCGAGAUAUGCCGCAAUACCGCACGCUUAUCAUCGCCCACGGUGUCAUCGGCACAAUCGUCUUUCUGGGAAUUGUUCCCCUGUCCAUUCUGAUCAUCCGAUAUUACUCCCGGAGGAGUCCAUUCUGGGCUUUCAAGCUACACGUUUGGUGCCAGGUCCUGACGCUUUUGCUUACUACGGUUGUUUUUGUUCUUGGUUGGUUUGCGGUUGGGCCCAACAGAAGCCUCACGAAUCCGCAUCAUGGAAUUGGGCUUGCAAUUUAUGUGAUGGUCAUUUUCCAAGUCUUAUGGGGCUGGCUGGUACACAAGAUCGAGAGCAAAAGACACCGAUAUCAUGUUCCCCUGAAGCUAGUUAUCCACAGAUGGCUCGGUCGUGUCGUUACCAUUCUGGGACUUGUCCAGAUACCUCUAGGCCUCACCCUCUGGGGAUCCCCAAAAUCUUUGUUUAUCCUGUAUGCGAUCGCCACGUUUGCUCUUCUCCUCGCAUUAUUUGUGUUAUCGUACAUGUAUGACACAGAAGGGUACCAAAUGGGGGGCGGGGCCGAAUAUGACAGUCGACACAGUUACGUUUCCGGGCCUCCAGCCCCCGACGAUCGUCGCCAUAACAGUUUUGGCCGGAUGGCUGCAGCAGGAGCAGCGGGGGCUGGUUUGGCCUCCCUCUUCCGACGGCGGUCGCGGAGCAGAGGCAGAGAUCAGGGAUACUAUGGUUCCCACGCAUCGUACACGGAAGAAAAGUACUCCGACGAAGGAUCUCACCGCGGUGGCGGAUGGGUGAGCAAAUUCCUCAAGGUCGGAGCUAUCGGGGGCGGUGUUCUCCUCGCCAAAAAGCUCUUUGACUGGCGGCGCAAUCGAGAGAGUGAUGCGGAGUCAGGAAGAUAUAGACGCGCCCAUACUCGCAGCGACAGCAUGACGGAAGCAAGCAUGAGUCGGUUGGAAGAUGGGCGAAGGCCAGCACCAAGCUACCAGACUCCUCCCAACCGGCCACCCAAUAGGGCACCCAGUCGACCCCCCAGCCGGCCGCAGAGCCCAGGCUCUUCCUACUAUUACAAUUCAACGUACCUCACCGGCAACGAGCCCAGGCCUUCUCAUGGGGUCCGAAAUGCGUUAUUUGGUGCGGGCGCAUUUGCCGCGGUCAAAAACAUAUUCUCGCGACGCAGGGGUGAAGACGACGAGCAGCGUCGUGUGGAAGAACUGCGCCGACGAGAGAUGGAAGACGAACGUCUCCAGCGAGCAAACAGCAAGCGACGCUACACGGGUGAUGGGCAUUAUCCGCGAAGAAGGGCGGAUUCAUACACUGCUACUGACAUUUCAUCGACUGAUAUGACACGCCCUCCACGUGGUCCUCCUGCUGCACAUGGUCCUCCCCUGGGAGAGUCCGCUCUUACCGGAGACCCUGCGGCAUCUGGCAGGUUAGAUGGGGGGCACUCUGACAUGCCUCCUGUUCCACCAACCCACAUGACUUCCGAAUUGCCUGUUCCCAAUCCAUCAGGGCCCAAUUUCUCCGACUUUGCGGCUGGAGCAGCUGUGGGUGUCGCAUCGAGUCAUCACCGUCGCCGCAGUAACAGCCGACACGGAGACGACCACGUCUCGCCGCCAGUAUCCGUGAAAGUUAAGAUGCAUGACGACGGCCGACACGUCACCCUACGCCGAUUAACGGAGGAAGAAGCCGCAGCCAGCCGAGAAGCGCGACGCCGGGAACGCAGGAAUUCUCGCCGCCGCGCCGGAAGCGCCAGUUCGCUAUCCGGCGGCGAAGGCAGCUACGAUCGAUGGCGGCGGGUGGAAGAGCUUGAGCGUCAGCAACAGGACCAAAUGCGACGAGAGCAAGAAGCCGCCACUGCAGCAGCCGCGCCACCGUCCGGCACCAUGGCUCCCGCUUCGUACGUACCCCCAUCGAAUGUGAGCCAUGUGCCUCCUCCGCCGGUCCCAUCUAGCUUGCCCUACGGUGCAGGAAGCAUCACCUCCCCAGGCACAUACACGGGCACAGAAGCUAGUGGAGACUAUGCGAACAACCGGAGACGACGACGAGCAGAACGAGCUCGUGCGCGACAAGAAAGACAACAACACAGUGUGGAAUUCACCUGA